AUGCGCGGUAUAACCGUUUGCACAGGUGUUGGUCAUAAAGGUACCUUACACAAGACAAAUGACUAUGUACCCGAAAACUACGUUGAAGGAGACAACAGUGCGGUUGAUGCAGUUACAACUGACCAACCGAGUGGUGCUUUGAAAGGUGAACACACCGUUGUAUUGGAUGCACCGAAAGCUGACGGUGAUGUCUUACCUGUUAAAAUGGUGAUUGUUGAUGGUACCGGACUGCAAGCUGGGGAUGUUGGCGCUGUUUUACCUGUCAAAUCGGUGACUGCGGAUGAACCCGAAUUGCAAGCCGGUGUUUGUUUAACCAAAGACAAAGAUAAUGAUGACAAAGAUGAUGAUGACAAAGAUCGUGAGGCCGACACACAGGGGUCACCGAGGCCGAAAAGGCGUAUCAAGGCUACAAGUGCUGUCAAAUCCCCCUACAUUCAGAGGUCAAUUGACGUUGUUAAGAAGCUCGACAGGCAUGAGAAAAUGAUUGCUAUAUGGGCCUUGAAAAAAGACACGCCAGAUGAGCUGUAUGAUAAAGUGCUUUAUACGUAG